CCUAUUCCCAUUUGGAUUUUGAUUUCUAAAAUUCCAAACACCAACAUAUCUUCUUUUAUCUCCCUAACACCAAAAUCUCAUUCUGUGCAAGAAUUCCCUCGUCUCACUUCUCCCUUCUCCCUCGCAGCAUCCACCAGUGCCGGCGUCAUCUCCAGCGUCGUUCCUGCCCGUCAACGCUGACCCAGAUCGAGAAGCUUCCCAGGCGGCUAUUCGUUGGUCCGUUCGCCCUGUCAUCUUCGGCGUCGCGGCGUUCCUGCUGCGACCAUCGAUCUACAAUUCUUUGCUUGCUCCGGAGUGCUCAGAUCUGAGAGCUUUGUCAGUGCAGUGAUGGAAACUGGAGGCAAUUCCUUGCCAUCUGGGCCGGAUGGGGUGAAGAGAAAAGUAUUCUAUUUUUAUGACCCUGAGGUGGGCAACUAUUAUUAUGGACAAGGUCAUCCAAUGAAGCCACAUAGGAUUCGGAUGACACAUGCACUUUUAGCCCACUAUGGUUUAUUACAACAUAUGCAUGUUGUGAAGCCUGCUCCUGCUAGAGAAAGGGAUCUUUGCAGGUUUCAUGCUGAUGAUUAUGUUACAUUUCUAAGGAAUAUCACUCCGGAGUCACAACAAGAUCAUCUCAGGCAGCUGAAGAGGUUCAAUGUUGGUGAAGACUGCCCUGUAUUUGAUGGUCUGUAUUCUUUUUGUCAGACUUAUGCAGGGGGUUCAGUUGGUGGUGCAGUGAAAUUGAACCAUGGGCAAUGUGAUAUUGCUGUAAAUUGGGCUGGGGGUCUGCAUCAUGCUAAGAAAUGUGAGGCUUCUGGAUUCUGUUAUGUGAAUGAUAUUGUCUUGGCAAUUUUGGAACUUCUUAAAGUGCAUGAGCGUGUUUUAUACGUGGACAUUGAUAUUCAUCACGGUGACGGUGUAGAGGAGGCAUUUUAUACUACAGAUCGGGUUAUGACUGUUUCCUUCCAUAAGUUUGGAGAUUAUUUCCCUGGCACGGGUGACAUACGUGAUGUUGGAUUUGGCAAGGGAAAAUAUUACUCGCUAAAUGUCCCACUAGAUGAUGGUAUUGAUGAUGAGAGUUACCAGUCCUUGUUUAGGCCAAUAAUUGGCAAAGUGAUGGAAGUCUUUAAGCCUGGUGCUGUGGUCCUACAGUGUGGUGCAGACUCUCUGUCUGGAGAUAGAUUAGGCUGCUUUAAUCUUUCAAUAAAAGGUCAUGCAGAGUGCGUCAGAUUCAUGAGAUCAUUCAAUGUGCCCUUACUGUUGCUAGGCGGAGGUGGCUAUACAAUACGCAAUGUUGCUCGCUGCUGGUGCUAUGAGACUGGAGUUGCACUUGGUGUUGAGCUUGAAGACAAGAUGCCACAACAUGAGUAUUUUGAAUAUUUUGGGCCAGACUAUACACUUCAUGUUGCCCCAAGUAACAUGGAAAACAAGAAUUCACGGCAGCAACUAGAUGAAAUUAGAUCGAAGCUUCUUGAUAAUUUGUCAAAACUUCAGCAUGCACCAAGUGUGCCAUUCCAGGAAAGACCACCUGAUAAUGAGCUCCCAGAGGCAGAUGAAGAUCAAGAAGAUGCCAAUGAAAGAUGGGAUUGUGAUUCUGAUGGAGAUGCUGCUGAUGACUGUAAACAAUUGCCAGGCAGAGUGAAAAGGGAAUAUGUUGAGCAUAAAGUCAAGGAGGAUCAGAAGGAAGCUGAGUGCGGCGGAGAGACGGAUCCCAAAUUUGGGGAAACCGCAAGCCUGAAGGUGCCCUAUCCUGCACCAAUGUCAAUAGACGAACCGCAGGUGAAAGUGGAGCAAGAUAACUUGAACAAAACGUCUGACCAGCCUGCUGAGAUGAAUUAAUUGAUGACUUGUGUACUUUCUGAUAUAGAGUUGCAAGUAUUAUUAAUCAACUAUAUAUUAUGGAAGCUCUUUAGUAACUAUAUUUUUAACGGGGGAUUUAUUUAAGAGCUCCUCUUUCCUUUA